AUGCCCUCGUCGCCCGGUCCCCGCGGGGCCCCAGCUUGGGAGCCCAACACAAUUAUCGACACGAGCCCGCGGAGAGAGCGACCACACCUCUCGCAGCCAUUCAUGAUCGAGGAGGACCGCGGCCUUACCAAGGAUGAAAUCCAAAUCUUGACGAAGGAUAUCCUCCAGGGAAGAAGUACUUACACCCCGACCAAAAAGCAAAAAUGAAUUUGUAUUUUUGCUGUUUUUAUGGCACAAGAAGCUGCUUCGAACCCUGUCAUGCAAAACGGCUAACGGGCCAAAGAGGUGCCGAGAAGAUUCGUUAUGCUGAGCAGACAAAAAGCUGCGUGCUACAUCAAAUCUUGGCUGAUACGGUUGUAUGGGUCUACUGCUUUUCCCUUGGAGAAAACGCGGGCAGGAGAAGGACAUUCCGGUGGGCGAGGAGUUGGAAAACUUUCGCCCCUUUGCCCACUACUUCCAUCCAAACCGGUAUGGGGUGCAAAAGUGGCGGCUGUUCAAGAUCCGCAUUCCCAUGAAAAUCCAAAAGCAGCUCCACUCGUUCCUGGAUUCCGAAUAUGAACUGCAAAAGUAUCGUACUCGUAUCAAUGCAUUACAAAUUUCCACAGCAUGAGAGAUAAAAUUUGCGAUGCGGAUUUACCUUAAGAAAAAGAUUUGUAAUGCAAGACUUGCAUUUAUACGAGUGCGAUACUUUUGCACUGGAUUCCGAAGUAUCGAUCGCCGAGAUGAUUCAGUACUGGGGCGCCCGAAUGGUGUACUCCUUUGGCGCUCCGAAGAACCUGAUGCUCUCCAUUCUGACCGACUACACCUGGUUCACGACAUAUCAAAGAAAAAAAGUUCGUCACGAUCACUCAUGCGCAUUUUCGCAAUACAAAACUCUCAGUCAUGCGUAAAAAUGCAUCACAGCCACACUUCAUAAGGAUUUUCCCUAGUGUUUCUGCAAUACAGAGGAAAGCUGUGAUGCUACAAAAAUUUGUAAUGCAAAACCUGCAAGUUGAAGUUAAUGACUGUGUCAAACUUUUUUCUCUCCAUACGACACUGCUUCUCGUCGAAGCCUUGGUGGAGGGCAAGCUGGAAGCGCUCCGGGAGGCGCUGUUCUACGCGUUCCAAAAUCGAAAGGUCGACGCGAAGGACAACGCCGUGUUCGGGGAGGUCAGGAAGGAGUACUUCCAGACUGUGAACGUGAUGAAGGACCAGAUGCGGUUCAUGAGUGAAGACGCCACCAGCCAAAAAGCCGCGGUGGAAGCCAUGCUCGCGCAGCUCUGCGGGCCUGACGACAUCAGCUUUAUCAACAGCGAGGUGUGGUUGAACCUGGAUGACACCCAGAAAGAGCUCCUGAAGGAGUUCCUCCGCGACCGGCUGAAAUCAGCAUUCCAGUCGGGUCGCCAGGCCAUGAAGCAGGUUAUGGGCGAAACCGUGCAGAACCUCGUGAACGCGCAGAGGGUAUCCGCGAAGGAGAAAUUCCCUCGAAGUCAAAACCCCUGUUCGUAUAAAGUUUCUCUUACAAAUAGUCAAGUGCAAAAGGACGAGGGGGCGCAUCCCCUCUGGAGUCGCGCGCAGGAGCAAGACGCUCGGUCUGUGCGGGUAGGCUAAAAACUGGGCAGAUGAGUAGCACGUCGACAAUAACUUGCCUUCGAUCAUCUUCAUUACGGAUCGUUGGGUGCCAUAGCCCUCUUGCAAAACUACGCGUGAAUUUGUGUACGCUCAUACCUCCGCAACAGAAAAAUCACUUUGUUCGAAUAUGGGUACUAGGGGGAUUUUGCAUUUUCAUAGCAGGAGCGAGACAGCCUGCAGAAAAAGUUGGACUUGAUGUCUAAGCAGAAGGUAUUUUAUUGAUUUGAUUAUUCACAAUAUCCCUCGGAUGAAUCGGAUGAAUGUUUGACAGUCCAAUUCUUGUCCACAACCUGCAUGAUCUAAUAUCCGUGUAGAACUUCAUGUCUCUGUCAAAUUGUUAGUAGGGUAUUCGCAAUUUAUAUCAGUCGGCUUGAACUAGUACAUAGCUGGCCAAGACGCGACUUGCGGGGCUUCCGUCCUCCGUGCAAUUGCAGGAAAAAAUAAGUAGAAAAAGAUCGGCAUUUGCCUCUUCAGUUGUUUCAUCGCUAUGAUCAUCUUCACGUUGAAGCAACAAAUUUUUUCAGGACGAUGCGGAGCUUGCCUUGUCCCAGCGCGACAAGCUGAUUACGGCGUUAAAGGGGACGAGUGGGAAUGCCGAAUUCCUCGACCAAAUCCAGGCGUUACAAGAUAAGAUAAAGCACCUACAAGAAUUUUUCCGGACCACCGAACAGGAAAAGCUCGCGCUGGAGAACAAGAUUCGCAAGUUGGAGGAAACCGGCAGCGGGCAGAACGCCGUGGUGGCGGCCAUGAUGCCCGUGGACGACCAGGAAAGCGCCGAGGACCUGAAAAAGCAAAUCGCCACCCUGAAAGCGCAGGCCGAGCAGGCCCUGCGGGAGAAGCGGGAGUUGGAAAAGAAGCUCAAGCUUGCCGAGAAGGAAAUCGAGCGCAUGGGCGCGAUGAAGGUACGUAAGUAAAAAUCUUCACUUACUACUCCCUGCUCAUCAUGUAAUGGAUGAAAUGAAUGGUAAGAGGCUUAAUUUCUUGGUUGUAAUAGCAGUGGUCGGUCGUUGCUCAGAAUUGCCGCCCUCGAGCAUCAUAUCGAUAUAUAUGUUGUACAUAUUUUUGUUACUCUUACUGGUGACGCACGAGGAGGUUGCUGUCGCUGAGUAUUUCAUGGUACGUAAUAGAUUCAGUCUUACGUGCUGUAGAUAGAAUGUGUUACCUGCAAACUUCAACUUGUGAAACAGGCCGACACCGCACAGCGGGCGGCAGAUUCCCGUCCGGCAAGCUCAUCCUCAACCGGAAAAGGAGUCAGUGCGAAAGGCACGGGCGCCGACGGAGGCCUCCCAGAUUUCGCCGUUCAGGAGAUGGCAAAAAUGGAGGCGGUAUCAAAUGCAAAAAUGUUUGGGUCUGGAAGGUUGGAACUUGUGAUGCUAACUUUGGACUCUAAAAAAAAUCUGUAUUGCGUGACCAGCAAGAGGAGUCUAGUUUGUGCUACGCGGGGACGGCAUUUGUCAUGCGGAGUAGGGAACAGGAGGCUCUCUAAAAAUCUGUGAUGCUAGGUCGUGCAUUACAGACAUCCUGGGUCAUACAAAAUAUGCAUGAUAAGCAACAUUCCAGACCCAGACAUUUUUGCAUUUGAUAGGCGGAGUCUUCGUUGCUGCGCGACAAGGUUGAUGGCCUCGAGCAGUCUGUCGACAUGCUGCAGGGCGAAAACAUGGACCUGAAGAACGAAAUCAACCGGCUGCUUGCCGAGUUGGCGGCCUCUAAGAAGGACGCGGCGCAAGCAAGGAAAGACGCUUCCAAGCUGGAGGGGAAGAUGGCGAAAAUGGAGGAACGUAUGGGGGAAAUGGUACAAACGUGACAGGAAAAUUUGUCGCUUUCAGCUCUAUGUGCGCAUUAUCUCAAAUGAUCGUAACAUUGAAGACAAAAAUGAUAAGAGCCGGCGCGGCUCUGAUCGUGCGACAAGACAUUCGGUUAAUAAAAUGAAAUUUUCAGGCUGAAAAGGCUAGUGCGGCGGGCGUCGCGAUGCCGGCCGCGCAAGUUUCUCCAGAUGUGUCGCCUUCGUCCCGAGCAAUGUCUUCGCCGGACGACCUGGACAACAUUGACCAGUACCGAGGCCCCAUGGAUUCGGUACACAACUACUGGAACUACUUGAUUUGCAGAAGUAUCGGUCGCCGAGCGCCGCGUGCUAUUAUAGUUAUACCGAGCAGGGAACAUUAUAUCCUCGAUUGUAUCCCGCACUGGUUCUUCUUCUUCAGGCUGUAGGAAUGAAAACUCGACGAGUUUGAGACAACUACAACACACGGCAAAACUAAAAGAUUGUAAAACUGUAGGACAAUUCCCGUUUGCCGUCGCGCGAGAAGAGCGCAUUCGGCGGUAGCCGGCGCGGCCUGGAACAAAGCGAGGAAGAGUGGAUAUUCCCGAAUGAGGCCCCGAUGAACGCCCGCAGCGAACCGCGCGAGGUGCGGGUGCAGGGCCUGAGCGGCUACAAGAUGAAAGAGGUGGACGACAAGGUCGCGAAAAUCACGGAGGUGGAGACCGGUAAGGAGUUUCGCGUACAGCGCAAGAUCGUGGAGAAACGCACCUGGGUGUUUGUGGACGCGCACCCGGACGCGGAAGAGCUGACGGCGGUGAAAAAGAUGCGUCCCGGCACCGUCCCCGUCCCGGAGGCCAUGUUGCCCCUGGAGGGAGACAGCCCGCUGGAGGUGGCG